AUGCGUUAACAAGAAAUUGAAUCCACUUUUUGUUAAGAGAAUAAGUUUAAGAAUAAAAAAAAUGAAAAUAGCUUAAAUAGAAUAACAAUAGAACAGAUUCCAAAUGUAUUAUUGUUUAAUUGAUUUUAUUUAGAAAGAUUUAACAAAUUGCAAUUGCUAACUUUCCAGAGAUCUUAAAUCAAAAAAAUGUUAAAGAAUUUCAAAAUGUAAAUAUUAAUUGCCAAAUGAAUUAAACUAAAUACCUGAAAUUACCUUAUUUUAAAGUUUUAAUGAAAUAAGCAAUGGUGAUCCAAGUAUUGAAGCUUUUGCAUAUAAAAAAUUAAUCAAAUGCAUUAGAGAUUAUAAUUAAAUCAAAGAUUAAAAUGAAGAAUUCAGGCUGAAACUAAAAAUAAUCAAUAAAAGUCAAGAUUUAUUAAUUUAAGAUCAAUAUUAUGAAACAUUAAAUGAAAAUUAUCCGAAAAUUGCAGCAGAAUUACAACAAUCUCAAUAUAAUUAUAAGAAUGAUCAUUAAAUGAAAAUUUUGAUUUUUCUAUAAGAUUAAUUAGAUUAAGUAAAAUUUGUUAAAUAAAUUAGAUUCUGGAUGGAGAUGAAACUUUUUUUUUUUUUUUUUUGAAUUAAGGAAUUGAUUUCUCAAUAUAGAAAUCUAUUUAAUUUUUAUAGAGAGCAAACUAAAGGGAAAUAGAGAGUCAUUAUUAAUAAUCAUAGGGUAGUACAAGUAUAUUUAAAAUAAAGAGUGAUUCUUAUAAAAUAAGUUUAAUCUCUAUUCAAAAAAAUAAAUUAGAUUUUGAACCUUUGAAAAAAGAUAACCUAUAAUUUUUAACUUUUUAUUUUAAUGAACAAAACUUUGAAACAUAAAAAAAUCUAAAUACAAGCAAUGUUAGUUACAAUAUUCCUGUUGAUAAUUCAUUAGAAUCAAUAAGAGUUGCUUUAAAGUUUUUUGCAAAAGAAAAACUUAAAGAAUUUUAGCCAAACGUAAUAAUUUUUUUUUUUGAAAUUUCUAAUAAUAAAAUCAAAGAUCCUUAAGUUUUUUAUGAAUUAAUUAAAUCAUUUCAUAAAAUAUCUUAAGGAAAAUUAAUAAUAAUACCUAAAAUUGAUCCAUAAAUUUUUUCUAAUAGAAAUGAUGCAAUUUAAUAGUAUAUUAAUUGUACAAAUUAUUGUUUUUUGGGAUGUUUAAAAAAUUUGCAAACACACAAGUUAGAUUAAAAUAGUAUCAUAAAAUAUUAUGAAAAAUUAUAUCCUUAUUUUGUUGAAAAAAAUAUGGCUUAAAGAAAAGAAUUCUAUAUAAGAGAAUUGAAAACACUUUAAAUUUAAAGACCAAUAGUUAAUUUAAAAUAAUCUAAAUAAACUUUGUCUAGAGAAUUUCCACUUAUUGAUAAAGAUGGAACUGUUGUUCUUUUAGAUAUUGAGUAAGAUUUUGACAUAAAUUAAAAUUAAUAUUUUGUAGAGUAUAACUAAAAUUAAAAUCAAGAAUAUGAUGGAUUUAUAAUAUUGAUUGAAAGCAACAGGAUUUAAGUGAUUUAUUUUGGUGAAAAAAAAAUAGUAUAAACUUAAAAUUCAUAAAAUUUAAAUAAUUAAAAAUAUUAAAUCGUGAAUAGAAAGCAAUUUACUUUACCUUAAAAUUUAAAUGGUGUAUAUUUUUUUGAUACCGAAUAGAAUAUUUUAAUAUAUUUCUUUGGUUUCUCUGAGAAUUAAGAAUUUAACAGUGAUAUUCAAUUUCUGGAAAUAUAAAAUUAUUAGCCAAUAUGGGAAAUUGUUAAAUUUUAAAAUUGUAAUAAGAAAAAGGAGGAUGGUUUUUAUUAAGAUUUCUAAUAGAUAAUUAAAAUAAUCAGUGCAAGAUAAUAAUUCUCAGUCACGAAAAAUAAAAUUGAUGGAUUUAGUUGUUAAGAGAAGAAUUCUUAUGUUUGCAUUGGAGGGAUCUAUAAUGAUGAAAAAUACAAUUAUGGUUGUAUUAUAUAGGAAAUAGUUAUUGCAUUUAAAUAAAAAGUUUAUUCUACUAAAAUUGUGGAAAAAUCAAAAAUUGAUAAAUUUUUUAAAGAAUGUCCAAAUCCCUUGUUAAUUAGAAUGAAUGAUGCAUUUGUUCUAUAUUUUGAAAAAAAUGGAAAUUUUAAUAUUAACAAUAUAAAUCCCUCUAUAACAAAAUUAUGUUUUUGGAAAUCAAGGUAACAUUUAAUUCAAACUAUUAAAAUCAAUUUUAAAGAUACUCAAUCUUAACAUUCCUUUUUAUAACUCCAUUAAUAAUUUUCUUCUCAUUAAUAAAAUAUUAGAUUAUGUCAAAUUAAUUAAUAAGUCGAAAAUAUAUUUAAUUUUAGAAUAUUAAUAGAGGAUAAAACAAUUUAAAAAUAGCCCAAUUUUUCUGAAAAAAAAUUUAUCCUUAGAAAAUUCUCUGUUAUUACAAUCUCCAUUUUUUCUUUAAAAAAUGAAAUAAUUAUUGAUUGCAAAUAAUUUUAAGUCAAUUUUCAUCCUUUAUUAAAAACUAUUCAGGAUUAUUAAGCUGAGGAAAAAUAAGAAUUAUUUUAAAAUGUAAAAAUUUUGAAAAAUUUAGUUAGUAGAAAAUUUAAAAAAUACAUUUAUUUUCCAUUAUAAUGAAUAUGAUCAUUAAUAUAUUUUAUGUUAUGUGGAUUAGACCAAAAAAGUAGAGUUUAAAAGAUUUGUCUUCUAUGAUUCAAAAACUUAAGAAAAUGAUGACUUUAGAGAUUACUAAGAAAUUGUAUAUUAUGAUUGGGCAUUCUCUAAGUUAUAUAUAACAAGAAAAUAAAUUACAUUUACUGAAUGCAAUUUAAUUAUAUAUGAAUGGUAAUAAAAUAAAUUUAUAUUUAGCUACAAUAUUAAUUUUUAAGAUGUAAAAGAUUCUUCAGAUGACAUUUUACACUAAGUUCCAAUUCAAUAAAUAUAUAAAAUAUAAGAUUUCAAAACUUCUUAUCAAUUGAUUGGGUUUCAUGUUGAAAUAAAAGAAAAUGAGAGUUUUGAAGGAAUUAUCUUAACUAAUAAAAAUUAGUAUUAAAUAAUUAAUCAAAAAAAAAAAAUUAACCAUACUUAAAAAAAACAUAAUUAACCAUUAAAUCUAAAUCCAUAAUAAAAAUUUGUAUUUCUUAAAUACAAGUAGUCAUAUUACCUUUUUUAUAAAAGAUUGUAAUUUUAAUAAGCAAGUGUUAAUAAGGUCUCUCAAAAUAUCAUAGAAAUUAAAUAUUUGUUUUUAGAUUCAAAUUUUUAAUUUAUAACUGGAAAUACUCUUUUAUAUCCAUUAGAUGAACCUUUAUCAAUUUUAGGGUCUUAAGAUGGUACAAUAAAUAAAAUCAAAUCAUAAGAGAAUUUAAUUGAAAUACAAAUUUUGAUAAACUAGAAUCAUGUUAUUUUCAAAACAUAAAUCUUUUGCCAAAUUAAUUAAGAAACAAACCAAUUAGAUUAGCUUAAUUUGAGUUCAUAAAUAACUUCAAAGCAUGAAGGAUUCACUAUGUUUCCUUUAAUCUAAUCAAACAAAAAAUAGGGAGAUUAUAUAGUUAAAUAAUCUAGGGAUCAUUCAGAAUUUUGUAGCGAAUGAAUGAUUUCAAUUACACUUAUUAUAAUUAAGUCUAUUAGAGUGAAC